GCUCCCCCAGCUGGGGAGACCGUCGCAGGAGCGCCGGCCGAGGGGUAGGGGUUUUGGGGGUGGCUGCCGGGAGGGCCUUGGGGCGCAAGCUGGGGGAGAGGUAUAGGGCGGGGAGGAGAGCGGGGGCGCCCGGCGGCUCCGGGGAGCCCGGGGACAUGGCGCGGCCGGACGAUGAGGAGGGGACCGCGAUGGCGAACGGACACCCGCCGGCGAACGGAUACCUCCCGGUCCCGAGAGACGCGCCGGCCGGAAAGGUGAGCGCGGAGACGCAGAACGGGCCCACGGCCGGCUGUCUGGCCUUGAAAGGGGUUUCUCGGGACAGCCCCAAGGCCACCGCCUCGGGAACCCCGAAGACUCCGCUGGCCCCGGAGGAGGAGACCCAGGCCCGGCUGCUGCCCAAGGACCCGGGCGAGGAGACCCCGGGGGGCGAGGGCACGCUGGUGCCGCGGAUCGCGCUCUCCCCGAGGCGCUUUGUGGUGCUGCUGAUUUUCAGUGCCUACUCCCUGGUGAACGCCUUCCAGUGGAUCCAGUACAGCAUCAUCAGCAACGUCUUCGAGGGCUUCUACAACGUCUCCUCGCUGCACAUAGACUGGCUGUCCAUGGUGUACAUGCUGGCCUACGUGCCCCUCAUCUUCCCAGCAACCUGGCUGCUGGAUACCAGAGGCCUGCGGCUCACCGCCCUGCUGGGCUCCGGCCUCAACUGCCUCGGCGCCUGGAUCAAGUGCGGCAGCGUGCAGCAGCAUCUCUUCUGGGUCACCAUGCUGGGCCAGUGCCUGUGCUCUGUGGCCCAGGUGUUCAUCCUCGGCUUGCCCUCCCACAUCGCUUCAGUGUGGUUUGGGCCCAAGGAGGUGUCCACAGCUUGCGCCACCGCUGUGCUAGGCAAUCAGCUUGGAACUGCAGUUGGCUUUUUGCUGCCACCAGUUUUAGUGCCCAACACACAGAAUAACACACAACUGCUGGCUCGUAAUAUCAGCACCAUGUUUUAUGGAACAUCAGCUGUCGCCACACUUUUAUUUAUUUUAACAGUAAUUGCAUUCAAAGAAAAACCUCAAUAUCCACCAAGCCAGGCUCAAGCAGUUCUCCAAGACAGUCCACCUGGAGAGUACUCCUAUGUGAAAUCAAUAAGGAACCUAUUUAAAAACAUUCCUUUUGUCCUUUUAUUGAUCAGUUAUGGUAUCAUGACUGGAGCAUUUUAUUCAGUCUCAACAUUAUUAAAUCAAAUGAUACUGACACAUUAUGAGGGAGAAGAAGUGAAUGCUGGAAGGAUUGGGCUAACAUUAGUAGUAGCUGGAAUGGUGGGAUCUAUUCUUUGUGGCUUAUGGCUGGAUUACACCAAGACAUACAAACACACUACCCUGACUGUUUACAUUCUGUCUUUUGUUGGAAUGGUCGUCUUUACUUUCACACUGAGCCUUGGACACAUUAUCAUCGUCUUUGUCACUGGAGGGUUGCUUGGUUUCUUCAUGACUGGUUACCUCCCCUUGGGUUUCGAAUUUGCUGUUGAAAUCACUUACCCUGAGUCUGAAGGGACUUCAUCCGGUCUUCUUAAUGCUGCCGCACAGAUAUUUGGAAUCUUAUUCACAUUGGCUCAAGGAAAGCUUACAUCAGCAUAUGGUCCUAGAACGGGGAACGUUUUCCUCUGUGGUUGGAUGUUUGUUGGCAUCAUUUUAACAGCAUUAAUCAAGUCCGAUCUGAAAAGACACAAUAUAAAUAAAGGAAUUACAAAUGGCGAUAUUAAAGCUGUACCAGUUGAUAGCCCCACAGAUCAAGAGUCAAAAACUGUCCUGAUGUCCAAACAGUCAGAGUCAGCAAUUUGACGUGAAAGGAAAAGUAACAUCAUGUGAUAAUUGAAUAGUAAAGCCUGGUUUAUAGGUUAUGGAGAAUGGACACUUACUUGAAAAUUAUUAUGUGACUCCUAAAUGCAGUUACUGUUUUUUUAUUUAAUUGUUAAUUUAAAGUACUUUUGCUGACAUUCUAACAUAGAAAGUAGAAGCUUAGGAGGCUUUCUAAAAUGAUAAUAUGGAGGUCCAUGCCCUUCAAAUUGCAUAGGAGUACAUACAAUUUGUUUAUUU